AUGUUCCUCCGCAUAGCUCUUACUAUUCCUACAUUACUCGCUUUUACCAAUGCUUUUCAUCAGUAUCGAAAAUUGGAUUGCACAGCAAUUGAUAAAAAAACGGAUAGCAGAGCAGGGAAGAUUGGCUGCCAUUUGGUUUUAAAAAAUGAAGAAUUUGAAACGGGUAGGAAUGCUCCAGAAGGUUCCGGUUGCUAUACAGAUAGUUCAGGUGAAAAUGCGAAAGUUUUCUGCGCUAUUGUUUGCCCAAACGCCCAUUUGGUGUUUCAUUCAAAAUCGUUGAGUGACAAAAAUUGCUUCAAAUUCAUUUCAUAUGGGCUGAUCGAAAAAGAUGGCGAUUGGUAUUUGUGGCGAUCGGGAAAAUGCCUUAAUAGCGCAAAGGCAUUUGAAAUUGGAUGUAAAUUCAAUGAUCCAUUUGAAAAUCAAUUUCCUGAUGACAAUGUAAUCUUUAAACAUUUAGCUGCCAGAGCUCGAGCUUAG